AUGAAUCUACUGCACAAAUCACUACGUGUAGAAGAAAAAGCAAUACAAACAUCCGCAGCAGUGCCCGCAUGGCGAGGUAUCAACACCGUAGGGCGUAGGACGUACUUGGCGGAAUCGCGGUCGGGCGGCUUAACGCCACUUCCCGAUUCUUUCACGUGCGCGACUUCCAUGCCCAACCCAACGACCUCAAGCCAAAUACCCCGAGCGACAUCCUGUUCGUCUUCCCAACAACGCACAGUGCAGACGGAAAUCGAAGAUCAGAGCAAGCAAGCCAGUAUGUCUGGCCAUGAGGCAACUCAUGAGGCUGCCUCCAACCAGACCGAGAACAUCUUCUUCUUCACCGAUCCGUACGGCACCCAGCCGCACCAUGUACCCGUAGCCGACAAUGUUAGCGAACUGGACAGCAGCGAGGAUGAGGUUAUCUUCAGCGGAAGGCAGCAAAAGAAACCUCACAAUGCUCGCCCGCAAGCCGCGCCUACAAAUACAACUUCAACUAUGAUUACAACUGCAGCCACAGCGCCAGUGGUCGUGACGGUCUUGGACGACGAUAUACAGUUUCUCCCGCAGCAAACAACCACAGAUAAACCAGCAGAGUCCGAGUGGAAGGCGAUAUUAGAUCCACAGGAUGCCCAAGACUCGUUCAUCAGCCUGUCGACGACCAAACGGACUAGAAACAGACGGAAGAACAAGAACAAACAGCACUCUACGCUGAACGACGAAAAUGCCAUUUUCGCCGAUUACGUACGAAACGUAACCCGACAAGAUAGAUCCUCCGACCCGUCCAGCGACGAUGAGUUACCCAGGUUCGGGCUUGGGCUGUCAAGCAAAGACAAGGACAAAUUUCGCGCAUUGUCGACUCUUGACACGGUUGACGAGAGUGAGGUGCUGGCCAGUAAAGAUUUCGCUCAUGAUAUCUCUGAUGAUGACGACGACGACGACAAUUCUGAUGACUCCGAUGAUUCUUCUUCGCUUGAAGAGCUGCUAUCACGCGUUCGCCGAGGGGCAUCGUUUAUGAUGAUGGAUGAAAGUUGGGCUUCGUCGAAUGAUUUAUCCGCAGAAAUGCUGGAUGAUGUCGAUUUCGACAUCGUAGACAUGCAACAGGAUGGACCCCUAAACAAGAAGAAAAAGAAGAAAGGAAGGAAGCCGAUCGAUUUCGGACUGAGCGAUAGCGACCUCGAGCUUCAGCUAGAAGACGCCUGGGAGAAGGACCGGAACAAAAAGAAAGCAAAGAAGAGAGAGAGGGAACAACUUCGCGCAGAGGGCUUACUCGGGAAAAAGCACAAGAAAUCUGAUCGAAGAUCCAAGGAUCUAGCAUUUGGCAUUGAUGAGAUGAAGGUUGAGCUGAAGAAAUUCCUUCAGUCACAUCUCGACCUACCACCCAUGAAGAAGCACCACAGAAGAGUGGUACACGAACUAGCCAAUGCUCUGACGCUCAAGUCCCAGUCCAGGGGUAAAGGAUCUGCGAGAUUCCCAGUUCUAUACAAAACAGCGCGGACGCCCAACUUCAAUGGAAAACACAGCGUGCAGCUGGAUAAAAUACUAGCCCAACCACGAUUCAACCAGCGCCAAAGCGGCCGCAUGACCUCCAAGCCCAAGUUCCGAGAACAAGAGCCCAAGAACAACAAUAACCGUCGGCGUUCUAACAUGGCGGCAUCCUAUCUCGAGGGCGAGGUUGUUGGAGCCUCUGCGCCUGAAAUCGGAGCUAACAACAAGGGCAGGGCGAUGCUGGAGAAGAUGGGAUGGAGCACAGGAACAGCACUGGGUGCCCUCAAUAACAAAGGUAUUCUGCAACCUGUGGCUCAGGUGGUGAAGAACACACGUGCUGGCUUGGGCUAG